CUUUAAUAAAGAGAGCAGUAGGGGCUGAGAUUGCUGGGAGCGGGUAUUAGACAGUCUCACAUGAUCUGGGUCAGGUGAUGAGAAGCAGAACUGGUUGAAAGCUGGAGGCUGGAGGGGGUUAGGUCGCUGUCUGUAUGUUGGUGUCAUGCUGUGAACAUGAGGAUCCUGUGCUCUGUGACUGGGUUGUGCUUGCUAGGUGAGUUCUAUCACAUCCUCACGCAGACAGGGAUUUAUCUGUACAAACUGCAACAUUGUGACAGUCCACCCAGGAUUGUCCCCUGAACCUGUGAAGCUGCAGGUCCUGCAGACCAUGUGGGUUAGUGAAUGUGGAAAUCCAGGGGUCUCUAUGUUUAGCUAUCAGAUUGCUGUAAAACAUGAAGACCAGGUUUAGAGGUUUGGUAAAACAUUACAAUGUGUUGUCUGUACAGGAAGGAACCUGAUUGUUUGUUUGUCUGACAGAGGGGGAUAUCAGCAAUUUAUAUAAUUCUUAAUACUUCCAGUGCAAAGACUUGUGCAGCUUCUAACUGAAAGGGUUAAGUUGUUUCUUUCUAAAAAAAUAAAUCAGUGUUCUAAAGGUGGGGUUGGGGGGUAGGGUACAUUUUGGCAAAUCUUGGUUUCACUUUGUUUUGGAUUUUUUUGCUUUUUCCUUUCUCUUCCCUUUUCUUUUGUUGUCUAACUAGUCUGAUUAACUGCCAAAAACUUACAUUUAUUUAUGUUUUUCCCCAGGAGUAAUUGUUUCGAUUUAAUGAAUUUUCUUAUUGGGGGAACUACCACAUAUUGUCACAGUUAUUCCCUUUCUAAUAAAUUUUCUGUUGAUAUUAAUAAUAAAAUGUUGUAUUUUUAGGGUAGAGCGGGUUUAAUGGUUAGUGUUGGGGUGCUGUAAGGGUUAAUCCGUAGUAGUGCAGACAUUAUUAAAGUGUAGCGUAGGGGCUAAGGUAGCCGUUUACUGUCCAAGUGCUGCCUGACAUUAGUGUGAGUUACCAGCCUGCUGUAAUGGUGAUGUUACUAGAUAGAAAGCCCUGGCACCCCCAUCCCAUCCUCCAUACAGUGAAGGGCACCAGGCCACUUCUGGUACCAUAACCACAUCAGUGCACUGUAGUGGUUAUGGUGUUGGAAUGUACCAUUAAAAUGGCAGCAGAUACUGUUCAAGUGUAAAACGUUUGCUAAUCUAGGUCAAAUGGCUAUAUAUCCAUCUGUUCAAUGUGGGAUUCUAAAAGAUAAUCUGCUCAUUAAAAUAAUACAUCAUAUUUAUAUAUAUAUAUAUAUAUAUAUAUAUAUAUAUAUAUAUAUAUAUAUAUAUAUAUAUAUAUAUAUAUAUAAUUGUAAUUUUUUUUUUCUAUUCUUCUGUUUUUAUUCUCUUUUUCCCCUCCCCUCCCACUUUUAUAUGAGUUGAUUUGGGAGAAACUCAUGACUAGGGUGUAUAUCUGUAGUAGUGGUUUAGCAGUCACGGAUCACAAGGAGUGCAUAUAUAUGGUAUUUUUUUUUAUUAUUAUUAUUUUUUAUUUUAUUUGGGUUUUCUAGGCUUGUUCGUAGAUGGCCAUGAACUCAAAAUACACACAAAAGAACCUAUUUCUAAAAGCAGACACCCCCAAGGUGUUUUUACACUUUUCCUGUUACCAUUUUAUUUCAGUGGUUUCUACCACAAUAUUUACUGACAAAUGCUGAUUAUUUUACAAUAGUUUUUCGGGUUACAAAAAGCAUCCCCAAAUAAUGAGAUUUCUCACAUUUAUUAUUUUCCCUGGGCCAUGUUUGAGACUUUUCUAAAACUCCCAGAAGUCUGGCUGACUGAUUUGCUGGGCCUCUGUACCAUUUGGGGGGAUUUUAUCAGACGAGCAAUACAAAUUAUUUUUACUUUAUUGAAAAGUACAAGUCCUGGAUUAUUUGGCACAGGGCAUUUUAAAGCUGUUCACAAAAUGAUUUUAUCACCAAUCCUUGUUUCAUGGAGGUCAUACUGAUGGAGAAUGCGUGGCUAGAUGAUGUCACUCCCUUGGCCAUCCGAUAAACAGAAUACUGCAUUCUAGAAACACAAAAUGCAUAGGACAUUUUAGGUGGAAAAAUGUUUUAGGAUUUGUCACCACUUCCCAUCUGUUAAAGCAGCACUGUCACCAUCUGGGGACUUUGUAGAAUUUGCCAGUGGAUGGAGGGCCUCGCGUGGUCCCCGUCAGGUCCUGGUGCCAGCAUCAUUGCUGUACCCUUGCGCAUGUUCAAGAAUACAGCAUUGAGAUCUAUGGAGGAUCCUGCAGUACUGCAGGAUCCUCCAUAGACAAAGCGAAUUCAUCACUGAUUAUGGCUGCGGGGAUUGACACUUCUAGACGGCAGUAGCUCCUCUGUCCAGUGUUUAGAAGUGUUAGGGAGACUAAAUAUUCAGAGACAAAGUAGUCCCUUCUUUGACUCAAUAUAUCUCUUGACAGGGUUCCAACACAGUCAGAAAGAGUUUCAUAAUAUUUCUGUCUGUAUGAAACACUCCUUCGUGAGGGGGGUGGGGGGGAUGCAGUGCCAAUUUGAGUAACUCACAUCAUCUGGCUGUUAAUCAUCCGCUCCCACAUUCAAAUAUAUUGUUCAAGUGCCUAAAUAUGUAUUCUAGAGUUUCUAUAAAUCUAUAAUGACCCUUCAACUCUCCUCACUAUUACCAGGCAAAGUGAUCAAAAUCCUAGUAAUUCUGUAAAAUGACUGGGGGGUGGGGAAUGGCCACCGUGCUGAUCUCUGCUUGAGCUCCGAGAGGAAAACAGAUUUUUUUUUUUUGUUUUGUUCUUCCCCAGAAGAGACUGCUUCUUAACGGUGAAUAAUCCUAUCGAAGCCUCUGAAUCUCUGUGUGCAGUUUAUGUGCGCCGUAUCAUGCACCUGAGAGAUCUGUCUCAAACUCGCAUCUGAUCUGAGGUCUGUUCAGGCAUUGGUGCUUAUGAAGAUGCUGGUCUCUGGAGGAUGAGGCAUACACACUCAAGUAGAGUGGGCCUGCCACUUAACGUUCACUGAGUUUGACAGCCAGGGGAAUUAUUUUAUGCCUGUUUUUACAAACUGGGUGUAAAAUAGAAUAUUCCUACUGCCUUCUUUGGUGCUUUAAGCAUGUGGAGUGGACUUUUAAUAGUUCCCCAUGAGAUCAGGCAUUCCAGCUGGGAAUUGGUUAAGUGGCCUAGAGCCCUAAGUGAGUCUGCUACCAACUCUAAUAACCGGUCCUAUUCUCCUAUUUAUAUGCUAAUUAUCGUUUAGUAUUGCUUCAUAUAUUUCUGUUGUCUUGCUGUAAUUUGCUGGUACCCACAUGGAAAACCUGAGCAUGCAACGUUCUUUUCAUGUGCUUUCAUAAUAACAAUCUACAGAUGCUACGGUGUUUUUAUAUCACUCCGAUAACUCACCUGAUGUAUGUCCAUAUAGUCUGAAAACAUCAACAUGACCUUUCUGUGUUUGACGUUUUGUCGAAUACUUCAGAGAGCCCUGUCUAGCAGUCCACAAAUUGAAAUGACUUAACCUAAAAGCAAAUAUAUUUACUAAAAGUAAUAUAAAUUGUAUUACCAUGCGUACAGUCUACCUUUUAUACGAUCCAUGUAAGAUUCUUGGAUCCACUUGGAAAAUCAGCCACAUCAAGUCUCUUUGUAGCAAUAUUUACCAUAGUGCGUGAUAUAACGUAUGUUGAGAAAAAAUUUUUUGAAGUGUUUUUUAUGCAAAGAAAAUUGUGUCGCUCUUAGAAGGAGCUGAUAGAAUUCUUUUCAUUCUUUAAAAUAUUUAGACUCUAGUUACUUUUGUUACCUAUACCCUUCUAUAUGUAAGCGUUCCAUCCAAUUCCAUAUUAUCCCAUCCACACACACUAAGGGCUUGUUGGUAAACAUUGCACCGAUGGUGUUGACUAUUUUGCUUUAGGUGCGCUCAGCGUAUGGGCAGCCUCUCUAUGGGGAUGCGUGUUGUCCACGACAAUAAUUUAAUUUCUUAUAGUGAAGACCAUGUAGUCCAGGCACUCAGCAUCUUUCUCAAACAGCAGUUUUAUUGGAGAAACACAGCAAACACAGCAACGUUUUGAUCCACAAAGAUGCGAGUGUGGAUCGAAAUGUUGCUGUGUUUCUCCAAUAAAACUGCUGUUUGAGAAAGACGCUGAGUGCGUGGACUACAUUGUCUUCACUAUAUGGAAUGGGGGUCUGCCAGCCCUCGGUACAGUGCAUCGAAGUCUACAAGUGAUGAGAGUGUGGAUCCCUCCUUUGUUUGCAAUAUUUUAAUUUCUGACAUGUUCUAUCACAGACUCUCCACAACAGGAAUUCAGACCUGCUAGCUUUGAAAUUUCUCCGUACAUGCAUAGACAUGCAAUAUCCUAUUUCUCAGGUGUUUUAAUCUCUGAUAUGUGAGAAUCCAUUGUUGGAGGCUUUUUGUGAAUUCGUCUAAAAUCAAUCCUGAAACCUGUUCUUCUUGCUCUGGACGCUUUCUUAUCAAAGGACAGAAAAUGAAGGGAAAAUCAGAGCGUGCAGAUCAGGUGCAUUCUGUGAAAUCGUCACUCAAUAAGUCUUGGAGGGGCUGGAAAUAUGCAGCACUUUAUAAAACAUUAGCACACCAGGGUUUACAAGCCAUUGCACUCCAGCUGUUUUGUUGCCAAUUUCCGCGAUGCUUGGCCAUUUGGGAAAUUUUAAAGGACCACUGUCUACUCAAAUUCUUUUUAAUUUUUUUUUUAUAUAAUCUUUUCAUAUCGCUUUGAAAGACAAAAUAUAUUUAUGAGCUUGUGUAUUUUGUGCUCCAUUUUGCAGUGUGUUUGGUUGGAAGCCAGUUAUCCACCAGUGUAAUCCCUUUCCUUACCUCGGAUGUUUCUACCAUUGAUACUAAUUGCAGUUCUGUGAACACCACUCAGUGCACGGCUUGCCCAGCGGGGACGUUUUCCAGUAAUGGUAAGUAGUCACUCUGUUGGGACCAGAAAAGAAAUGCCUUUUAAUAAGCGAUGCACAUAGAUGGGUAACCACACAGCUACUGACGUGUACUACCACCUCCCUACCCCCCCCUCCCGAGUGCCAACUAUGAUUCUGAGCAGACAUUACCCAAUACAAACAAUAUGUUCUGUGUUCGACCAAUCAAAGUCAUUGCUUGUUUGUAUACUAGAAAUAGUAAGCUUUGUGGCCAGAAAUUAGGUUAAAAAUGUUAUGAUGGCUUCUGCCCAGUGAACUGAUUUACUCCUAAUAGGCUUUAAGUGGUGAUAUCAAGAUUAGGUUGUAAUUCACAAGUCUUCGAGUUAUUUUCUAUGAUGAUUUAUUAGAUCCUAGGAUCAGAUUGGAGUGUACUAUAUGUAUACAGAAUUAUCCCCAGAGGGUUCUACUAGAGAACAUUAUACUCUUUCUGCUAUUUAGUAACAGACCACAAUGUGCCUACUUCCAAGAUUUUACUAUUAACAUGACGUAAAGUCACGAUUUUAUUAAUGACACGGAGGCGAGUAUUAUGCUUCUCUCUUUCUUUAUUUUCUCUCCGCAGCAAAGAGACAAUAUGUAAACUUGAAUGAAAUAUUAAUAAAAGAAUAAAUAUAAUAACUCUGCCUAGAAACAGGGCAGCCAAUCAGGAUACAGGAACAGUCUAUAAAAGGUCUUCAACUAGCCAUCCAUUUCCUCUUCUCUGCCUGUACGACCGAAGACCAGAAAGCAGACAAAAAACUUCAAACAGGAACCACGGUCACAUAGGAAAACCAUCCAGUUCGAAAAUCAAGCUGUGAAGAAACAAAAGAUAUGGUAAAAUCCAAACUCCGGAACCAUCAAAAUAUUCACUUAAUCUGAAGACUACAGGAAUAUAGCAAAGUUAUAACGAUACACAAGCAUCAUACAACGAUAUAUGCAUAAAACAUCACAAAAGACACUUACCGCCACCUACCUUGCAGAUAAUUAAACAUAAUAACCAAGUAGUGUCCGACAACCCACAGUGAGGGCGGGUGGGAAUAAUACUCUCCUCCGUGUCAUUAAUAAAAUCAUGACUUUAUGUCAUGUUAAUAGUAAAAUCUUGGAAUUGUAUUAAUGACACAGAGGCUCCUAUUAUGCUAGUUAAAAGCUGAGCCACCACCUGAGAAGGAAAAAAGGUCAAUCGGGCAGAAAUAGAAAUCCCAAAAUGUAGAUUCAUGGGACCAAUCCGCCGCUCUUAGACUAUCGACAAGGCGACAAACCAAUCCCUGAUGCUUCAGAGGCCACGGCUCCCCUCACAGAAUGAGCAGAGAACAUUGAAGUAUCAAUCCCUGUAACGGAUAGAAGGUCCCAUACCCACCAUGCUAGAGGGGGCCUAGAAACUGGAAGAUGUGGUGUAUGAAAAGAUAUAAACAAUAGAUGUAAGUCGGGUGAUCUCAAUAUUCGCACACUAUCAAGGUAAGAUUGCAAACAUGCCACCGGGCACAGAUUAAGUUUGACAGAAUAUCUCAGGUAGGAGACUGAUUUCGUAUCUGUUUAGUCCUACGAGAAAUGUUGAAUGAUACUCCUACUGGGGUGAAGGAUAUCGCAGUCCAACUCAAGGCUCUAACAUCUGAUAUCCUCUUACAAGAGAGUAAGUAGUCUGAUCGGGGAACCAUCCAGACCUCGACCCACAGAAAUAGCCGUUCUAUAAACAUUUAACUGUGCGAUUUAAACAGCGCUGUCAGGAAACGCAGUAUCACAUUCAGAGAGGUAGAAAUUGGAUCCAAUUACCUUUCCAUGCACCAGCCAGCCCAUACGAUAGGCAGAUCUUGUCCCAGAAGCCCAGGCAUAGUCCAGGAGUUCUGUAGUUGAUCAUGGAACGUCUGCGAGUGACCAGGGACUCUGGAAAUUAACCAUGCAGCGAGUUGAAGUAGGUCUUGGUCUAUCAAUCCGUAUGAGUUCCCAUCCGGAUCCAGAAGCAAAUCCGGUGUCACUGGUAUCAGCCGUGGGAAUCCAACAACAUUUUCAGAGGCCAAGGUAACCACGGUUGAGUUUGGCACAUAGGAACCACUAUCACCAGUGAGCAUUCGUGCCUUCAUAGAAAAGAUAGUGUCCGAGAGAUCAGGUUGAACGGAGGAAAGGCAUAGUGACGAGAAGAUAUAUCUGUAGGAAGGCAUCCACUCCCAGCGCUGUAGGGUCUGGCCGUCAACUGUAUAUCUGGAUAAUUGGGUGUUCAGUCUGGACUCUACCAGUGGGCCCCACAAACGAUGUAGACAGUGGAAGAUCGAACUGAGCAGAUGCCAAUUCCCCCGAAUCCCGUAGGUAUCUGGAGUUCCAAUCCUCGAGCAGUCGCAUGGUCCAUUGCAAGUGACAGAGGAGUUGGGCGGGAGAAGUGGACAUAAGCAGGAUGUCGUCCAGGUAAAUUUAUAAACCAAAACUCCACGCACCCGGAGAAAAACUACCACCGGCUUCAUGAUUUUUGAGAAGCACCAGGGAACCGAAGACAGUCCAAAAGAUAGACAGGUAAAUCUCCAUCACCAUCCUUGCCAUGUGAAAUGCAGCCUAUCAUUGUGCUGCUCAGCUUUGGAGACAGUCAAAUAAGCGUCCUUGAGUUCCAGUGUGAUCAUCCAAUCUCCCGGAUGUAGUAGAUCCCGGAGUCAGUGAAUGCCCUCCAUCUUAAAAUGUUGGUAAUGGAGGAAAAUGUUGAGGUUUAGCAGAUUUAUCACCGGGCGAACACCUCAGCCUUUUUAGGCUACCAGGAAAAAAUUGCUUGUGUAUCCCGGGGUCUCGACUUCUUGAUUCACCCGUUUGGUCGCUAGGUCAGUGUGGGUCGGGAGCACAGGCAGUGAACCCUGGGUAUGUAAUAGGGCCUGUGCAAAGGACUGUAAAAUGGAGGUGGACAUAGUCCCCAUCGCAGAAGCCAGAGCCCUUUGAACAGAGCCCAGGAGGGCCUUGAAUUCCUGGGAGGGCAUUAAACUCAUGGUUGGGGUAAUUCGGGCCUGAAACCCCAUCACCAUGGGAUUGCAUCCUGGAGUAGGGAUUAGGGCAGGAUAGAGGGUUAAGAAGGCCACAGGGACACAAUCUGUAUAAUCUGCAGGUCUGCAGAGCAGUGUGGGCUCAAUCUGCAGCCCUCAAGCAAUACUAUAGGCCCAAGCCUAAAUCAAGACUUCCAGGUAUAAAGUGUAUGUCACAGAUACUACCCAGCAACACACCACAGGUAGAACAAUAUACCUAAAAGAAAACUACAAAGCCACAGGGUUGAGUAACCCCAACAGAAUACAUACAAUAAGGACAGAGGAGAAAUAGGGGCCGUGCCGCCAGGAACCUUGUCAGCCACGAGGUAGGCCGCCAGGAUCCGCCUUUGUGCGUUUCCGACAAAGCGUGCCAAAGGUGAGCAGGCUCCCCUCUCACAAUGGCCCGCGAGCGCAGAGAGCUCACGGCCCCAAAGUUCCUGCGGCAAUGAGCAAACAAACCCGCACGGUGGGGAUCCCAACGGGGAUGGAACUGCCGCGGUGUCGGCACGUGAAAGGGGGGAAGGUUAGGUCCACUGAAACGGCAUGGCCUGAAUCCCGAGCCUGUACUCCCCAGGGAACAAAGUAUAGACCGGGAGACUGCCCAAACCAUGAAAUACACAGCAGUGGGAACACAAAUAGUAACCCAAGAAAAACAAGUAAUAAUCAAUAGAAGUACAUAUAAAAACGCUAAACAAUGCAUCAAAGUACAGAAUGAAAAAGUAUAAGAAAGAGGAAGUGGAAUGCUAGUUCAAGACCUUUUUUAUAGACUGUUCCUGAAUCCUUAUUGGCUGCCCUGUUUCUAGACAGGGUUGUUUAUUCUUUUAUUCAUAUUUCAUUCAUGUUUACAUAUUUUCGCUUUGCUGCUGAGGGAAAAUAAAGAAAGAGCCUAAUACUCGCCUCCAUGUCAUUAAUAAAAUCUAUAAUCCUUCUAUUAUGUUUGUAAUUUAGUUACUACUAUUAUCCAUUUCUCUCUUUUAUACAUUUUCUGUACUCGUAAUAUUUAUUUAGUUGUGUGCUCUGACAUUUUUAACUGAUUGACUAAAUAAAGGUUUUUUUUUUUUUUGGUUUUUUUUUAAAGGCAUUUUUUUGUUGUUGGAAGUUUUUUGUUCCCUUUUUUUGGCCUCCACUACUUCUUGUAAAUGUUUACCAAUGUGGGUUAGCCUCUUUUCGUCCUAUGUCGACUGUGUUAGUCACUGUAGUUUCUAAGGUGACUUUACUUCAAUAUUAAUAUUAUGUUGUACAUUCAUUGGAUGUAUCAAAGCUUGAAAAGCGCAAUCUUAUUAACUUUUUUGAGAAUUUCUUUUUUUUUUUUUUUAUAAUUAUUGUUGUUCUAAAAGGGAGAAGCAGUAUCCCUACUGUAUUAUUGUCACAUUGUGAUAUAGAAGCAUAUUAACACUACUAUUUUGGUAUCCAGCUCUAUUUAAUGACCAUCGUUUUGGAAUAAAAUGUUUGAAAAGGUGCACACAUGAUUUUGUUCUUGUAAUGUCUACAUAUCAGACUUUCAACCACCUUCAUGUUGAGCGGCAGAGGGACUUUAUGAAAAUACUUGCAUGUCUUGGUGACUAUUACGUAAAAUGGAAUUCCAUAAAUCCUACUCUUCAAGGUUCCCUGCUGCCGCAACUGCUUUACUUAUUCCAGACCAUUCCAAUCUCUAUACCUAAGGAGUUCUUUCAGUCGCUCACCACCGUGAUAUUUAAGUUUGUUUGAAAAUCAGGACCACCCAGAGUGAAUCAAGCGCUCUUGUCUCUCCCUAAGCGAAUGGGAGGAGUGGGCCUCCCGUCGCUUCUCCUUUACUGGGGAGGAUCACACUGGACUUGCGUGAAACAGUUCUGCUCCGCUACGAAGCACAAGUCCCUCUUACAAUUGGUCCCCGAGGGCACCACUUUGGGAACGAGGAGGUUUAGGUACCACCAGAUUAAACACUAUUACCAGUCCAUCACGGGCAAGCAUUUGGUCCACAGUGAGCUGACAGAGUUUGAGAGGCUCCGCACCUCGAGAGAUCGCCCUCUGAAAGGGAUAACCCUCCUAUACUCCCAGUUGCUUACAACAGUACCUUGCCCCCCAUCAAAUAAAAGUCCCGCUGGGAACAAGCUGUGGGCUGCACAUUAACGGACCCACAAUGGGAAAAAAUAGAUAUUCUAAUGCACCAAGGCAUGAUCAGCAACAAAGUGCAAGAGCUCAACUAUAACUUAUUGUUAAUUGGUACAGGACACUGACUCGACUCCACUACAUGAAUGGUGAUCUUUCCAAUACUUGAGAUGCGGGACCGAAGUGUGGACGGAUCUACAUAUCUGGUGGUCGUGCCCUACUAUUAGGCCAUAUUGGCAGCAAAUACAUACCAAGAUUACUGAAAUCCCGGACUCAGACCUGCCCUUUCAACCCUUACCGAUUGCUCAUGCACCACACAAUGCUUUCUCUUUCAGCAUACAAGUGCUCCCUCACGAGACCUCACCUAAACGCUGUAAAAUCUCUUAUUCCGCUCAAGUGGCGCUCGGCAAACCCACCGGCCUUGGCACAAUGGAUGGCCAGGGUGGAGGAUCUAUACAUGGAAUCCCUCACAGCAUCCCUACAAAGGACCUCUGAGAAAUGUGCCCUUACAUGGGCCCCCUGGUGCAAAUACAUGGCGCAGCAUUCAACCCAAACUAAUUGAGGGCCUUCAAUCCUCUCUUUGUCCAUUGUUUUCCUCAUUCUACUCUCUCCAAUUCUUCCUUCCUCCCCGGUAUUACUGGGACUGUCAGGAUACAAGGGAUUGGAGGAAGGGGGGGAUUAGACUCCCAUAAGUUUCCUUAGACCGCAGUACCCUUAUUGGUAGCUUCGUCACCCACCACCACUACUUGAAUACUAGAUGGUAGCAUACACUACUGCUACAUAUAACGACUCUAUUAGGACUGACUCCCCAGACUCGACUGUUAGUUCAAUGUAUAUUCCACCUGUGAGUGGCUCACUGUUUAUUGGAUAUGCUCAUCUGAUAUGUAACCGGAAAAAAAUAAAAUUUAAAUUGUCACAAAAAAAAGUAGGAAACCUGUUGUCCAGGAUGCGUGUACUUUCUACCCUCUGAGUUGGGCAACAAAGAUAAUGAUUUUAUUCCUCCUCCCUUAGCACAAAAGUCCUGCUCUUUGUGCCCAACUACAUAUCUUGUAUGGAGCUACAUCCCUCAUAGCCAUAAUUACUUUUCAAACCACUGGCUCGUGAGCUUAUAAUGGCCUUUAAUUGGAAUGUUCUGCGCUAUUACAUCCAGUAAUUAGUGAGUUGAUUGAUACUAUGUCAGACCUUUUUUUUUAUUUUUUAUUUUUUAAGUUUUCAGAAUGUGUAAUUCUCGUGUCUUCUUGAUGUGCCUCUCAGUAAUUAUCUAUUUUCUAUAAGAAAACCAUUAAUUUUCUAUAUUGAAUGUUUAAGACCCCCUAACUUUUUGAUGUAGAUUAAAGAUUUAUUUAAAGGACUCUAAUUGAAUCAUGAUUGAAUAAUGAUAAUGGUUUUCUUCCUAGAUGUGUCUACCUAUUAUUAUACAACAUUGUAAUAUCUGUUGGUUUUAAAUUCUGGAGUCCAAAAGAAGAGAGAUAUUUUUAUUUUAUUUAUUUUUUUAACUUUCUCCCAAGUCAUUAUUACGACAUGCAGUAUUACACUCUAUAAACCUAUGGCCAUUUAUAGAAAGUAACAAAGCAAACCCAGAGAAUGGGAGAAUAACACACUUGGAAUAGAUGUUUUAUGUAGGCUCUCUAUUUGUAUAAAUAUUUUUCCAUAAAAAUGUCCAGCUCUGGAAAGACUUUAGUGGAAGAAAAUUUGUGAUGUUUUAAAUAAAACUGUAUAAGCCAUUUAUAAUCUGUGUAUAGACCAGAAACCGGUUAUCGUAGAGCAGAAGGAAAUGCUAAACUGUUAAAGCAGUCUUGUAGAGCUUUUCUAUUUAUAAAAGUCCAUUUAUCACUGGAAUCCCCAUAUUCAUAAGACUGAAUGAAUAUCACAAGUUAAUAAAACAUUGACCAAUUAUGCACAUUGCAACAUAAAAUCCCUAUUUCUGGGUAGCAAAGCACUUGUUAAAUUCUCAUUAACUGACCCAGAAGUAAGCAUGAAGAAUUUAUAUAGCACAUGAAGCAUACGUAAGCUCUAUACCAAAACCAAACUAAAGGGGAAAAAACAAGGAAUGAAUAAAAUCAAUCCAUAAAUAAUUGGAAAGCUAGACUAUUUAUUUAUUACCAAUAUUAAAUACAUAAUGUUAGGAAGGAAUGCGGAGCAAAAUGGACAACAGCAACCACACUUCAGUGAAGGCGUUUGCUUUGUAUCUGUAGAAAUCCGUGACCAUUCAGCCAGUAGAGCGUUUGUGAGGUCAGACAGUGAUGUUGGCUCAGAAGGUCUGGUCUGCAAAUUGCCUCCAACUUCAUCCCAAAGGUGUUCAGUGGGGUUGAGGUCAGGGCUAUAUGUGAGCCUCUCUAGUUCCUUCUCACCAAACUCAUCAAAUUAUAUCUUUGUGGACUUCACUUUAUGAACAUGAACACAAUCCUGCUCGAAUAGGGAGUGGCAUGCCCCAAACUAUUGCCACAAAGGUGGAAGCAAUCAGUUGUCUAAAAUGACUUUGCAUCCUGUAGCGUUAAGAUGACCUUUCACUAGAGCCACGUGGCCUAGCUCCCUGGAAACUAGACCAUUAUCUUCCACCGAAUAAGAAAACAAAAAUCGUUUUCCUAACUCCCCAUCCAAGGUAGAAAUUGGAGUGGGGGUGAGGAAAAAAGGUCAGGAUGGUGGUACCAGCUCCACCUAAGUAUGGGCUUGAACCCAGAUAUUGUGUAUAAAAAAACAAAAAAUAAACUGGAUAGGAGCGAUAACCCCCUAGGGGAUCCUCCAGAUAACUGGUAUAGCAGGUAUAUUCACUGUUAAUACAAUGUUUCUCGAGAAUUCAUUAAGUGUAUAUAAGAUAUAGACAGUAAAAACUCUAGGCACAGGGGAUAGAGCUUGCUGUUGGAAGGGAAAUCAGUGCAUAUAAUGAACUAAAAAUCCUGCACCAAAGGCUGCUACUGAGAGGCAGAACGGCUGCUGUAGACACCACUAGACUGAUUCCCUAAGACUCCAAUAAACACCUUUGUGGGUGUUCUAUACUAAAGCUGCUACUGAAACCCGGUGUCUACGACCAGCCUCCAUAGAAUACUAGAUGCUGUUUAAUCUAUAAAUAUAAACGAAAUUAACAACCAAAAUAAAGUGAAAAAAAGAAGAAGAAAAAAACAAAAAAACAAAUCCCUUCAAGUGCAUAGUGCAGUGCUAAAGUGAGGUGAAGGGAUUAUCUUCCACCAAACUGUACAAUGGGCACUGUUCCAUUAAAGGGACUCUCCAGUGCCAGGAAAACAAAUUUUGUUUUUCUGGCACUGCAGAAUCCUGCCGUGCCCCCCUCCCUACAACCCCCCAUCCCAUGUUGCUGAAGGGUUAAAUCCCCUUCAGUAACUUACCUGAAUCUAGCGCAGAUGCUUCACCCACGCUCCUCUCCCGCUGACAUCAGCCGACGGGGGAGAUCUAAUGCGCAUGCACGCGUGCAUUAGACCUCCCUAUAGGAACGCAUUAUUGCUUUCCUAUGGGGAUUCUGGCGAUGCUGGAGGUCAUCAUGCAUAGCAUGAGGACGUCCAGCGUCGUUUAAAACACUUUUUGUGUUUUUAAGAACGCGGAAGUCCCUCUAGUGGCUGUCUGAGAGACAGCCACUAGAGGAGGACUUAACCCUGCAAGGUAAUUAUUGCAGUUGAUAAAAACUGCAAUAAUUACACUUGCAGGGUUAAGGGUGAUGGGAGUUGGCAACCAGAUCACUCCAAUGGGCAGAAGUGGUCUUGGUGCCUGGAGUGUCUCUUUAAGUAGUGUUCUCCUGACAAAGAUUAUUACAUCAAACUGCUAGCCACUUCGGGUGAUACUUGGCAUUUCGCAUGUUGGUGUGAAGCUUGUGUACAUGAAACUCACAACGUACAGUUCUGGCCCUGUAGCAUGUGUCUAUAAAACCAAAAAUACACUCUCUUAGGUUUUGUUUCACUGUACAGGUAAAAAAUAAGCAAUAUUGGACAAAGGCCAGAUCAAUAAAAUGCAGUGAAGUUACAUUGGUGCCCAGAGUGUUUGAGAUAUCCUCUAAUUUCAGAGUACGUGUGCUGAGCAUAUUGCUUGCUACAUUUGGUCUGCGUAUAGAGUUUGCAUUGUGCUCUGUAGUUUACUGUAAACAUGGUAUGAUCUAAAUCCAUAUUAGACCUACAUGCUGUACGGAGAUACAACCUGUAUUUUGCUAAACGUACAUAAACACUCCGGCGGUCUACUUUACAAACGCAAUGUUUUGUCACUUUUGAUAGUCACCAUGUUUUGGACAUCUCAUAUUACAGUGACUGCAGUUGUCUAUCUUUAGAUGGAAACCGAAAGCAGAACUACUCCUACAUGUAAUUUAGAACAAGAACAAUGUAUAUUAUUUACCCAGACUGAUUUCUAAACCCCUUUUUUGUAGUUUAAAGACACAUUACUGGGAGUAUUAUUUCUGCGGAGCUCAAUUAAACACGCAGACACACCAACAAUAUGGAGGUAAUAGAAAAGAGAGACCGAGGGAUUUGGGUCCAAAAUAAGGACUGUCCCUCCUAAAUAGGGAAACUUGGGUGGUAUGGUUUUGGAUCUACAACUCCUAAAGUUAGAGAAAAAACCACAGGAGAUGGUUUUCCACGACCGGUAUCUGUUGGUUCCAUAAAACAAAUUCUAGUGAAUAAAAGAAGGAAAAAGAUACAAUGUUAUGUUGCGGUAAAGAAGUGUCGGUGAUUGGUAAGAGCUUGGAUUGCUGGUUGCUUUCUUCUCUAAAUUUAGUUCCUAACUUCAUCCUUGGUAGGAAAUGAACUGGUAGGACUUCAGUAACAUUGACCUUUACUCCUACCACUGCAAUGGAGCCUGCUAUACUGAUAGAAAUGGCUUGGCAUAAACAAGUGCUGAGAUUAUUUUUUUUACUUCUUUCUCCAUUCACAGAUACUGAACCCUGUGUCUGUUGUCGGAGUGGCUUCUGUCUGGAUUCCUCUGGAUGUUUUCCAUGCUCAGCGGGUUUCUACCAGCCACAGCCAAGCCAAUUGACCUGUCUUCCAUGUCCAGAAGGGUUUUAUAGCAAGUAAGGUGGCUGCAAGACUGCAUGGUCUGUUAUGAGCUCUAGCAUAUGGUUUUAAACCUGAGCUACCGAACAGAGGCUUAGCAUGUUCAUUUAGUAACCGGGGCAAGUCUAUAAACUGCGCCCCGUCAAAGCCCUUCCAUGAAAGCUUUAUUUUUAUGAGACACUCACCGCACUCCCACACCAUGGCUUCUUACCCACAAACAAGUUAGUUGACAGACACACACGAACACACACUUACUCACGCUUGCAAGUGACCUGCACGCAGUGAAACCUGCACACACACUCACACGCAGUGACCCAUACACACUUUCUGACACACAUGGUGACCCAUACUCACAGUGACACCAGCACACAAACACUGCUUCAUUACCCAUGGAAUGGAGAGCAUGUGACUGUGAGGGAAGCUUCAGUAAUGGCAAACAAUCUGAGAACGUGUUGGUGACCCACUGCACGAUAAAACUUGUACCCUCUUUGUUGCAUCUCUUCCACUGGAAUCAUUGAAGACCUAGCAUCCCUCGCAUUUUAAUCUUUAUUAAAGGGACACUAUAGUCACCUGAACAACUUUAGCUUAAUGAAGCAGUUUUGGUGUAUAGAACAUGCCCCUGCAGCCUCACUGCUCAAUCCUCUGCCAUUUAGGAAUUAAAUCCCUUUGUUUAUGAACCCUAGUCACACCUCCCUGCAUGUGACUUGCACAGCCUUCCAUAAACACUUCCUGUAAAGACAGCCCUAUUUAGGCUUUCUUUAUUGCAAGUUCUGUUUAAUUAAGAUUUUCUUAUCCCCUGCUAUGUUAAUAGCUUGCUGGACCCUGCAAGAGCCUCCUAUAUGUGAUUAAAGUUCAAUUUAGAGAUUGAGAUACAAUUAUUUAAGGUAAAUUACAUCUGUUUGAAAGUAAAACCAGUUUUUUUUUUUCAUGCAGGCUCUGUUAAUCAUAGCCAGGUGAGGUGUGGCUAGGGCUGCAUAAACAGAAACAAAGUGAUUUAACGCCUAAAUGACAGUGAAUUGAGCAGUGAAAUUGCAGGAGAAUGAUCUAUACACUAAAACUGCUUUAUUUAGCUAAAGUAAUUUAGGUGACUAUACUGUUCCUUUAAAGGCUAGUCGAUGCAUUUAAAAAAACAAAAAAAAAACAAUUAUCUUCAGUGGAAUGUCAUUGAGUGAUGGGUAGAUUAUGGGCCUGGUUUCUGGUUCUUUUUAUUGUAUUUUGUGUGGUGUGUUUUUUUUUUUUUUUUUUAAUUGAUGCAAACUCAAUGUGCUAAAAAACAGAAUACAAAUGUAUUUUUAUUUGUGCACCGUUUCUUCGUGUAUAUUGUAUACAUUUUGGUCUCUGAGAAAUACAUGUCGAAUUCCUGUUUAGUUCUUACUUAAUUUUGACUGUGUGUGUGUGUGUGUUCUUUUCAAUGUUAGUAUGGAUUUUGAACGGUAACAAUCCUUUGUGAGUAGAGUGACAUAUACACUACGAGACCAAUAAAGGGGUUUAAUACUGUGUGUGAACGAUAUGAUGUACUCUCACCAUGUGACCAGGUCCUAAUGCUGACAAACGUGUCCUAAAAGCGUUAACCAUAUUUAUUUUACUGCAUUAUUUUACUUUCCCCUACUCCUUUGUAGUAUACAAACGUAUAAUUAAUCUGUGCUUUAUAUUUCAGCACCAAUCAAAGCACCAUGUGCCAAUCAUGCCCAGCUGGCUACUACUCCAAUCAAACUGCCUCUGUGCUCUGUAUGGACUGUGAUAAAGGUACUGUUCUUAAAAUUAUCUGCUAAAAAGGCUCUGUUUGGCAACAUGCAUUUAGCUGCCAGGAAAAUGUUAUCAGGACACUACAGUUAUACAGCACAGAAGACUUUGCUGUACACCUCUAUGUUCAUGUUCCCAUUGUACAGCGCUACAGAAUCUGAUGGCGCUGUAUAAAUAAUAAAAUAAUAUCACGUUUUAUAUCUAAAUAUCCAAACAGGAAAACAUUUUUCUCUUAAGUUUGGUUGGCAUGUAAGGAUAUGCAGUGAUGACCUGAGAGGGUGAUUUUAUCAUUCGAGGUCUGAAACAGCCUGUCUAGUGCCCCAUCUGAGAUGGACGACUUUGCGUGCCCACUGUUAAUUUAUCUACUAAUUCUGGGUAAUAUGGGUUCCGAAUUCACUAACUGUUUUCUUGGUGGCAUGUACGAACACACAAGCCUAACUAUUUUGCCAUUAUUAAAAGGAAAUCAAUAUUGACAGUUAAUGCCGUCACGCUCACUUAAUUCUAUCAUGUUCCUGUUCUAUGUAUCUAUUUUGAGGUGGUUGGUGGUAUUUUCAUGUUAUCUGACUUGCCACCAUUAACCCUAAACAUCUCUUUAACAGGGUUCUUCUCCUCUCAAGAGAAUGCCACAUCCUGCCAAGCGUGUUUACCUGGGACUUUUUGCAAGUAAUGUGUGGUUUGUUUGUUUUUUGUUUUUUUUUAUAUAUAAAUAUUUUGAACUAUUUUAUUCUGCACAGAAUGUAUUUUUCCGCUUCAGGUUGUGAUUGAGUGAGUGACAUCUUUAAAACUUGGCGUGUUGCUUGAAAAAAUAUCGCUAAAAUACAGCACUUUUUUAUUUUAUCUCUAAUAUUGCAUGUAUACAUAAUACAAGUAAUUUAGCCUUCACACAGCUUUCUUUCGUAAUGGGUCUGGCUGUCAACUCUUUAUUUAUAUAUAUACUGUACAUAGGUUGUAAAAAUAAUAAAGUGCAACGUCUUAAAACUCAAUGCUGUUUUAGUUUUGUGUAAAAUUUUCUUUAUUGUUUUGUCAUUUAAAGCAGAAUAAGAUUGAAACAGUACACAUUCUUAAUAACAGUACUUCUGUAGGCGAAUAAAAAAGCACCAAUUAUAAUGAAGUAAAUAACCGUUUUUAUAAUGAAGUAAAUAAGUUUUGCGUAUUAUACGCGGAUGCUAAGCCGUGAAUGGCUAAGAAGUAGAGUGCAUGCUUAAAAGUAAACCAAAUCAUAAAUGCAAAUAUGCUAGCACAUCAUAAUUAAAUUAAGGUAUGCAAAUAUUAGCCUGAUCCUACAUAGACAUGACGUAAGUUCUAGGUGCUUUAAAUUUGACUUAACCGAAACUAUUGCAAAAAGGCUCCCCCAGGUGGCCACCAUCUUGUCUCCCGAACGCAGGCAGUGGUACCUGGAACUUAUUUUGGCUAGGCACCCCCACGAACGGCAUUCGGGAGAUCUAAAUACCGAAUGCGUGGAGCAUUCGACACCUAAAAGCGUUCGCAUAUUACGUAUAAAAACCCACGAAAGUGGUCAAAAGUGUACCUCGAUGGAAAAUCCAAACCACUGAACUGAUCUGAGUGAUUUUUGGUUAUGAUAGUCACUCAGAUCAUGGCUAUCCAGGAACGUGACUUUUGAAAGGGGUUUCCAUGGAUUUGGGGAGUACGUUUGGGAUGUUUAAAAAUUUUCAUAUUUUUCUGUUCCUGGGAGAUAAGUGAAUUGUAAGUUUCCUGACAGCAUUAUCUCUCAGGAGUUUACUGUAUGUAUAAAUUGAGAGUGCUUGCCUGCAUUAAACAGAUCUACUCCCAGUAUCCGUCUCCACUAAUGUGUGGUGGAAAGUGAUACCAGCGAUAUUUACUUUGAUGCGUAUUGGAGCUACUUUAUUUUGGGAAAGGGAAUCUGUGGUGGCGUUAUAUUGGCGGUCCGCCACAGCAACUAUUAAAAUAAUUAACAAGGAGGGGACAUAAUGUCCACCCAAACUCACAGGGGGUGAACACUAGUAUAAUAACCCCCACUAUUAAGCUAUUUGUUAGUGUGAGUUGGGGCUAAUUGUAAAAAUAAAGUGAAGUGUGCUGCGUAGUGACCGACCAGUCAGAAUGCCCAUGAAGACCCCUGUCCACUGCUGAAAGCACCUUCAAUGGGGUAUUGGCAUCCGCAAUGGAGAUCCUCUUGCUAACAGGCAACAGGGUUGCCUGUUCUGAUGAUUCACAUUUUCAUUUAGAUCAGGUGGGUGCUCUAGUGUGUGUGCGUUCUUUAUCUGGUAAAGAGAUGGUAGUAGGAUGCACUAUUGGAAGAAGGCAGGUCCUGGCAUAUGGGUGUUAUUUUGACACGUACCACCUACCUAGAGAUUGUAGACCAUGUACACCCCUUUAUGGCAGUGGUGUUUUGUGAUGGCAGUGGCAUCUUUCAACAGAAAAAAUGAACCCUGCCAAAAUUGUUCAGGAAUAGUUUGAGGAACAUUACAUAGUUCAAGGUGUUGCCUUGGCCUCCAAGUUCCCCAGAUCUCAGUCUGAUUUAAGAAUUUGUGGGAUGUGCUGAAACAAAAAAAACAAAAAACAGAUAAAUGGAGGCCUUACUCUGCAGGACUUUAAAGGAUCUGCUGCUCAUGUCUUGGUGCCAGAUACAACAGGACACAUUCAAAGGUCUUGUGGAGUCCAUGCCUCAACACAUCAGAGCUGUUUUGGCUGAGCAAGGGGAACGUACACGGUAUUAGGCAGGUGGUUUUAAUAUUGUGGCUUCUCAGUGUACACUUAUAUAAAUUCUCAUUUAUGAUUUAAAUGUGUGCCUGAUUAAAGGGACACUAUAGUAACCUGAACAACUUUAGCUUAAUGAAGCAGUUUUGGUGUAUAGAACAUGCCCCUGCAGCCUCACUGCUCAAUCCUCUGCCAUUUAGGAGUUAAACCCCUAUGUUUAUGAACCCUAGACACACCUCCCUGCAUGUGACUUGCACAGCCUUCCAUAAACACUUCCUGUAAAGAGAACCCUAUUUAGGCUUUCUUUAUUGCAAGUUCUGUUUAAUUAAGAUUUUCUUAUCCCCUGCUAUGUUAAUAGCUUGCUAGACCCUGCAAGAGCCUCCUGUAUGUGAUUAAAGUUCAAUUUAGAGAUUGAGAUACAAUUAUUUAAGGUAAAUUACAUCUGUUUGAAAGUGAAACCAGUUUUUUUUUUUUCAUGCAGGCUCUGUCAAUCAUAGCCAGGGGAGGUGUGGCUAGGGCUGCAUAAACAGAAACAAAGUGAUUUAACUCCUAAAUGACAGUGAAUUGAGCAGUGAAAUUGCAGGGGAAUGAUCUGGACACUAAAAUUGCUUUAUUUAGCUAAAGUAAUUUAGGUGACUAUAGUGUUCAUUUAAUGCUAAAGUAACUCAAAAUAAAUUCAUGUAUUUGUCCUGAUUUUAUAAAGUACAUUAUAUGUAUAGGAUUUCAGGGUUUUUUUUGUGACCUUUUAAGUACCAAAAAUAGAGUAACCUACAAUUUCGAUGAUGAGCGAUUUUAAAACUAGGUAGGUUUGUCUUCCAAAUUUAAGUGCAAUCACAGGGAAAAAAAAUUGCCACACGAAAGUAUAUAUUUAUAUAUAGUGUAGACAUCACCGGCUAUUAACCUGAGGGUAUUCUGACACUUUUUACAUUUAGCCAAUUUCUGCUAAAUAUUGCAGUAAAGAUGUGGGGGAUUCUCUUGCUAACCCAAACCCUAAUCUGAAACUUAAUUCUAAACCUAAUGCUACUCCUAAACCUAAUCUUAAUCCCUAAUCCAAAGGGGUUCCCGCUGCUACCAUCAGUAUUAUAUUGGCAAAGGAAAUUCUAAGAUAAAAACAGUAGAAAGUGGUGUGUUGCUGACAUCUACUGGUUGUGUUCAGCAUGACGGGGAUAUAAAUCAUGUCAUACUGCAGAUUCAGUGCCCAUUACACUGUGAUCGAUGCUGUGCAACUGGCAAAGUCCAGCCCCAUCCAAAUGGCAUUGGGACAUAGCGGGAGACUCUUUUUCAGGGUGUCCCUCAAGCAUUUUGCACAUAGAUAAUCACCGUGGUUGAGCACCAUCACUCAUGGAUUCCUCAGUAGAUUUAAAGGGCUGUAUGCAGCGCUGACUUUCAGUCCUACAUAGACACCAUAAAUCUGUCUGGGGCAUUUCACAGGCUAACUGCAUCCGUCCAUGCUUGUAAAAAAAAGACAUGAUUUAUUUAUUUAUUUAUUUUUUGUGGGGGUUUAAGGGGGGUUUGGAAAUAGCCAGUUUUAUUUUUUUUGUUUCAAAAACUGAUCAUAACAGUUCUAAUACUCCAGGCAGAUUUUAUUUUUUAUCAACACUACUGUAAUUUUACAGAACUGAUGGUAUGAAUGCACAUUGCAUUGUGAUGGCUGUAUCUAUAGUCCUGUGAUCUCUUUCCACAGCGUGACCACAUGUACCAGCUGUACGGUUUGUCCAAAUGGUCAGGAAGCUGUCAAUGCAGGUUCUCCAGAGUGCAGUCUAUGUCUUCCAGGUAAUUUCAUCUAUUUACUCUGUUGAAAUGCUCGGGUUGACAAUGUUAUCCAUACGUAACUACGUAAUCUGUCAUUUUCUUUUACUCAUGAGAUCUCACAAUCUUGCAAACGCUAUUUCGGUGGACAAUAUUUUAGAUAUUUAACUCCUUGGUCCAAAGAACACACGUCCAGUUAUCAGAUUUACUGUUUUAUCAUGCAGAAUUCAUCCGAGCAUAAAAAGGAGCAUUGCAGGCACUUAAAGCGUUACUCCAAGCAUGAUAACCACUAUAGUACCUGUGACUGAGCUCCAGCACUCUGACCGAGUACCUCCGCCAAGUCCGCUUCCUCGUAGCUAUCAGGGACCCUGAAGCACUUCAGACCCAGUUGCCGAGCCUUGACUGGCUGGGAUCACUACGAGCCUUUUCCACCCUGAACCAAACACCAGACUACACUUGGUGAAGGUUAACACCACAAAUAACUUUACUAGACAUAGCACACAUAUUUUAAGCCCCCAACAGCCUAAUUUACAUACAGUGGUGCAUAGAGUACUAUAGUACAAGGAAGGGUGGGCUCAAACAAUAGCAAGAGCUGAUGGGAGAUUGAGGAGGGACAAAGCAGCUAGUUUAAACUGGUCUGGAAGUGUCCCUGGGACAAUGCCCUGCUGGGGAAACAAUAAGAUAGAAAAAAGGUUGUGGGAGAGCGGCACAGACAAGCAAUACAUUUAACAUACCCUGCAGGCCUGCACCAAUAAUGGACACAGGGUGACCAAAACACAAAAGGAAUCUGGGGACCCACACCUAGUACCUGUCUUCCCAACCCAGUAACGGUGACUACUGUCACAGUACCCUGGCCCCAUGCCGCACUUGGUGCCUAGUUAAGAAUGUCUGGAUCUAGCAGUACUGCAGCAACUAGAUGCCAAUUUUGUCACCAUUCAAUGACUUAGAGCGUCAGCUGAUUACUCUCAGCCAGUGAGUGAGUGUUUAUAUAAAUAUGCACAGAAGUGACAUCAAGAAGAUUUCCCGGCUGGUUUAUGAUGCCCUAAUGACUCAGCCGGAGGUGGAGUUACACCUCCAGCUGCAAAAGGGGUUUAACUCUGUAUGUGAAGUGUUUCAUAAUGAAAUCCUGUAUAUAGACUCUAAGCACCAUAAACACUUUAGUGACUUGAAAUGGUCAUGGUGUUUUGCGUAACCCUUUAAAGGGAUUCUAUAGUGCCAGGAAAACAAAGCCGUUUUUCUGGCACUAUAAAUUCCUACAGUGCCCACCUCCCGCAGGGCUUACCUGACUCCAACGCUGAUGUCCCUGGGUCAGGCUCCGCCCACGCUCCUCCAAUGGCACACUUGCAUUAUGAUUUCCCUAUAGAAAAGCCUAUUUAUUCAAUGCUUUCCCAUGGGAAAAAAUCUGAGGCUGGAGGUCCUCAUGCAGAGUGUGAGGAUGUCCAGCGUAAAAUAAUGGAGCAAAUGUACAUUUGAAACCAGUAGGCCCUCUAGUGGCUGUCUGGUAGACAGGCACUAAAAGGUGGAGUUAACUCUGGAUAGUUAUUAUUGCAGUUUCUCAAUAACUGCAAUAAUUACUAUUGCAGGGUAAAGGGACUUGAGCUGAAGUGGUCUGGGUGCCUACAAUGUCCCUUGAAAAACACUUCAGCUGUAACUGCUCAUAGUUAUAACUGCAAACCGAACUAUAGUUCACACUAGAAAUUAUUAAAUUAAGAAUAUGCAACAAACCUCAAAUGCACAUUUUUUGGGGGGUUCUGCAAGAUAUGCUACCAUACAGAUAAAAUGUAUAUAAUAAGUCCAUAAUCCACACACAGCUGAUAUUGAACAACUACGAGCAAAAUUGGAGUCUUUUACCGGGCAGUUAAUUGUUAUGCAGUCUUGUGAAUGUGACUUGUACAGUGGUCAUCAUCAACCUUGGUCUGUCUGAAGUUGAAGUAGUGCCAAUUUCUUGCAUUCAUGUUGUAACAUAUACAUUGAUUAAUUGGGUAGCAUUUUAGUAAACCCCAAACCUCAAACAAAGACACGUUCUACUUAUAGCAGUAUUCUAUCAUACUGAUCUGUAUAUUUCAGACUAUCAAUGCAUUUGGGCUGCAGACUGAAAUCACUUUGCAAUAACAAGUUAAAUUUCAGUAGAAAAUAUUUCAAUUGCAGUUUGUCAAUUUACCUAUAUUAUAGUACAUUAUAUAUUAUAGUAAAUAUAUUACUAGUCUGUGUGAAGACAAUGCUUCCGUACCUGUAGAUUAUACUGGGAAAAAGUUGUUGGCACCAAUACAGCAAAUAUUAUCACUCCUAUUCAAAAUAAAGCGGAAUGCUGAAUUUAAACCCACAAAGGUCUUUGACUCUGAACACCUGUUUCUUAAGUUUUCACUUCCUUUUCAGCAUUUUCCUGUGUUCUACUGAAUUACUCGUAUGUAAAGUAAGCUGAAACAGAAGAGUUUAUUUUUUUUUUUUUUUAAAUUCUUUAUUUUUGUUCGUGCAUAAGGUUAACAUGCGAAUUUGCACUGCCACAAUAGCUGGUGCACUCAAAUUUGCAUACACGCUUAGUCACAUGGCGUUAAUGACAUUGCACUUUUUAGUAGAUUAAAUAAACAGGAUAAUUUCUCAUGCUUAUAAAGACAAAUAAAAGUAGCAUUUUGAUUCACAGAUAUGUGUCACUUUGUAGUCAUAGUAAGAUUAACGGUCGAGCUGGAACAUUGCAUUACAGAGCAUAGUUUUACACUUGUAGCUUUGCGUUGGAUUGUACUGUGGUAUGCUCUUGGUACAUUCUGUGCUGUGAUUUGUAAUUAUGCCCCGCUAGGCCGAAGAAACAUAAACACAAAGAGCCUUCUCAUAUGGUCAGUGGCACUAGGUUGAGUAAUGCCUAUUGAGAGAUAAAGAGCUUAGAUUUUACCAGGGAAACUAACUGGGUGCUUGACAGCUGAAGACAAGCAUGCAAGAUGGUCCAAGAUGGGACACAUGAGGACUAUAUUAGCCGUGUAGUUUAAAUGCUUUGCUGAAUAUGGAAGUGGGCCAGCUGGGGUAGCCUAUAUUCGGCCUGACCGGAGCCAACACAAAUCCCCCCUGCAUUUAUGGUAGGGACACUGAAGGUCAUGGUUUAUGUAUGAUUGGGGGUUGAUAUCCUGCCAGGCUUAAGUUGGUAGAGUAAAGUUGUGGUGCUUUCUAUUUUGCAUAUGGCAGGGUCCCAGGUGAUAUCCUAAGAAGCUACCUCGCCUACCAUUUGGGGUUCCCGCAUACAUUUCUAGGUAACAGAGGAGUAGCUUUGGGGCGCUUGCUAAGGAGGCGAGCGUUAGUAUGUUAUCCAUCGCUUACUACACCACAUAUGGAACUCAGUAUAGAAAUAAAGGCUGCAGAUUAUGUAACAUUGCUUUUCCUGCUAAAUAGGCUGCUGUUUUGCUUAAAUUCAGUAAUAGCAUAUUUUAGACUAAAAAGUUAACCAUCAGUGUAAUGCCUUAUAUGAUCAUGUUCGAGUUGCUAUCUCAAGUUAUGCUGGUCUAAUGCUAUGCUGUAUAGGUUGUCACAUAAGAAAAAAAAAAGAAAAAAAGGGCAAAGGCAAAAGCUCUGUAGGAAGUAAUGUAAAAUGAAAAUAAUAACAGGUUAAAGGCUAUUAUUAUACACUUUUCUAGCCUGUAAAAUGCAAGUCUUAUGUUAUGAGGUAUGGUGAGAGAGUCCAAUUGUAGUGAGGUGUGCGCCUGGUAGGCUCCGUUCGUGUGCAGCUGCUCAGCCGAUCCCCUCCGAGUGCCUAGUACAGUCCCUGGGGAGGUUGGCAAGGGAGGGCCCCAAGUAAGGGUUACAAUUCAGCAUGGUGUCGAGUGUUGCAGCGUGGCGGUGGCAGACGUCUCAGGUAUCCCGGGAACCUGCAGCAAAUGUCCUCUUCUAGCUGUAGGUUAUGUUGCCUAUGGAUUUCAGCUGCGGCAUGAAGAGUUCAUAGGUGCUGUUGCCCCCUUGUGGUUGGGUUGUCAUCAGACGCUGCAGCCCUGUUGUAAAGGUGUAUCAGGCAGAAAUCCCUCAUUAAAGUGUCACCUCCUGCCGGGUCUGCCCGCAAGUUCUUUGAAGGGGGAGCAGUGUGGGCUACUUCUAAACCUCGUUGCCUGUUUUGGUGAGUAGCCUGUAGUGGAUUCGGUUUUGGCGCCAUCACAUAUGGCCUCCGCCAUCUUGACUGCUGUGUCCUGGUGUCGGAGCAGGGCGGCCUUGCUGCUGCGCCCUGGGUGGUCGGGGCGUGCGGGGGUGAGAACCGGGAUCACCCCCCCGGUCCAGAGGGGGGGGACGGGGCCAUUUCCCAACGGGUCUGGCCUUGGCUGAGCACCGAUGGGCAGGAUAGUGGGGCAGCGGCCGUCUGCUCCACUCACCGCCGGAGUAGGCCUCGUUUGCGCCAGUGAGGAUUCUUCCUCCAGGGGACUGAAACCAGGCAGGCCAGCCUCACCCUGGGUCCGGUACUCUCCACCCGAUGAGGUCCACCGCAGCUGGUCGGCUUUGUAUGCCAAAAGUCUGGUUUUCAUGCUUAUUUUGUUUUAAGUUUCAGGAGCUGGUCUGACAUGCGACCAUCUUGCUUGGCGGCCUGGCCCCGCCCCCAGAAGAGUUUAUUUUUAAUUGAAUCUUCUAACGCAAAUUGCAACAUUGGCCCGUCGUUUUUCUAGCGAGCAGAAAAACUGCUCUAGCUCCUAAACUGAAUUGCGUUCGUACGUUAGUAAGAAGAUCCACAAAGUGUUUUAAUUUGUCACUGUUUAACAGCUAUAAUCGACACCAAAUCAAUGUACAAAAUAUAUGCUGGCUUUUCACAAACACAGACACCAUACUAACACUCACAGUGCCAUUACAGAAAGCAUUGUGAUGGGCUGCUCUCCAGUGAGGCUCUGUAUUUAAGAUAAUGUAUGCUGAGAUCUCUGAGUAGGAGUUCACACUGAAAGAGCUGGUUAGGUCUCUCUAAAUCUGAUAAAUAUUUAACUAAUGUUAAUAAUAAAAAUGUGAGGUCGAUUUCACCAUCUUACUGGGAGGUAAGGGCGUUAAUGUAUGGCCACACUACUUCCUCCACAUUUUGUUGUCCAGGACGAAGGAAGACCUACUUGGCAGGGGACAGACGAGUGACCCUUACUGUACGUUGUGGCAUGGAGGGUAUUAAAUGUUGGGCCAAAGGAUGUAACAUCUGGAAUCUGACGUACCAUACUUUUGUUUUAUGCAGGAACGUCUAAAGGACCUGGCCAACUUUUUUGUGUGUACUGUCGAGAUGGUGAAUAUCAGGACAAAUGGGGUGCGGAACGUUGUGAAAUGUGUCCUGCAGCUCACUAUUGUCCUGUAAGUCCAUUUGGUUAAAGCAGUAAGUGUGUACAGAACCUGUGUGGAGGAUGUAUACUGGUGAAGUGUGGAUAUUUUAUAUUGUAUGAAACAAACGUCCAGCCCGUUAAUUCUGCAAGCGUGAUGUAAUUACGUUUCAGAAGAGGAAGAGUCUGGGUCUUCGUAUGUAUACAGUGAUGUAGAGUGGACUUUCUUGCCACACCCAACACAUCUGAAUAAAUUUGGAAUAAUUUGAGGCAUUUGAAUAGCGCAUGCCAAAUAAGGCUAUGUCAAUGGACGGGUCAAGUCUCACGUUUGUGAGUAAAGAAAUGGAGUCACGUACCUCCUUCCAAGAUUGUAUAGCUGUCUGGAAGGACCACAGACUGUGCUACAGAAUUACCUAAUGAUUUUGGGCACUUUCUAGUGUAUCUAAAAAUCAUUUGUAAUGGUUUGUCCAGCUCAUAAUAUACAUGGUGCACUACCUUUAAGAGAAACCCAUUUCUUGUCACACCACUCAACUGGUUUGACAAAAAAACCCAAACCUAAACCUUGGAAGGUAACACACUACACUGAGCUGUAGAUGUUAGUUUGCCUUAUUUCCUUUUUUUUUUUAAAAAAAACACUCCAAGCACCAUAACCACUAAAAUGUUGACUUGUUACUUCCCUCCCCACCGUAAGGAAGGAGUUAAAGCAUUUUUAGAGUAGUUUGAUCUGUUACCUGGAGUCUCCUGGGCACCAUUCCCCAUUUUCACUACCUCCACCUAAGAGAUGGAAGCUCCUACGUAGGAUCUUCCAUUGGUUAUUCUGACUUAAGCUGAUUGCUCUCAGCCAAUUAGCUAAGCCCUGCACAACUGGGUUUAACUCAGAUUUAAUUGGUUCUCUGGCUGAGGCAUGGAGUUGCCAGAGUUAAAGUGGUUAUGGUGCUUGUAGUACCUUUUAACCCCUUGAGGAAACGUGACAUGUCAUGAUUCCCUUUUAUUCCAGAAGUUUGGUCCUUAAGGGGUUAAGGACCAAACUUCUGGAAUAAAAGGGAAUCAUGACAUGUCACACGUCGUGUCCUUAAGGGCUUAAAGGAACACUCUGGGAUUUAACUGUUCAUUAUGACUUCAAUGUCAGCUUACUAUCUCAGCCAAUGACUAGUAUUCCCAUUGAGAAAACUGUCGGAGAAAGGUAUGUUCCUUCCUCACACAGUCUUCUCAGUGGGAAGCUUGUCAAAGGCUCUAAGCAUCAGCUGAUACUCAGCCCAUCAACAAGACCCAGUCGGAGGUCUCCUCAUUGAAGCUGAGGACUUGCCUGAAUUAGGAGGACAGAGGAGACAGGCAUCAUUUAAACUACUUUGGUGUUAAACGGUAUAUCCCCUUAAGGUAAAACGGCACCUGAGACAGCCAGGCACCAUCAUAACCUCAGUGCAAUUAUGUUGCCUGAAGUGUUCCUUUUAAGUUGAUUGUUCAUGUAAGGAGUUAUUGCAGUGGAGGUGGUAAGAGGUGUUUUUGUAUAUCUUAGAACUUAACUAUAGAAGCUGUUUAAUAUUGUCACAAGGCUAAAAUAAAAUGCAUGUUCCCUUACCCAGAGUCCUGAUAUUAGUCCCAUUGCGUGUCCUGAGGACGCAUUCUGCCCAGAAGGAAGCACUGCGCCACGUUACUGCAUGGAAACCUUCUUGAGUAAAUCGGGAGAUACUUGUGUGUGGUCAACUCUCAGCUUUGCACUGCUAAUGCUAGCUGUGUCGCGUAAGUUUUUUUUUUUUUUUUUUUUCAUAUGUAUAUAUUUAUACUAAUUAAUGGGAAUUCUGCUUUUCCCCUCUGACAAUAUAUCUUUGAAUGGUGGAAAUAAAGUAGGUUCUAUCCCGGCACCACGACUGUAGAGAUGGCUGCAUGUUUAUAGGAAGAUGUUAGAAGUUAGUGACAUCUAAAUUACAGGACCACUAUACUCAUCCAGACCAAUUAAUCUCAAUGAAGUGGUGUGGGUGAUGUGGCCCUGGUCGUUUUGGUCCUCCAAUCCAAAACAUUGCCAUUUUGGAGAUACGACAAUGGCUUUUAUAUCGCAGUGCUAAACACACCUCUAGUGGCCAUUAGGAAGACCACUACCAGAUGGUGCUUCCCCUUUGAGAAGUAUUUGAUGCACUUCUCGUCCACAAUGUUUCUCUGAGAAACAUUUGAUUGGAUGAGAAAAUGAGCAAGAUUGAACAGCUAUGAUGACAAAAUGGGAGCAGGAGUCCUGCAAAGACUGUGACUUUGGCCUUAAGCAUAAUAAUUAGCACAACUUUUCUAAUUUUUGGGAAAGGGGAGAUUUAAAAAAAAAAAAAAAUUAUUUUCAGGACUAUAUUUUCCCUUUAAGGUGCAGAAGAUUGAGAUCACAUCUUUAGUGUCCAAGGAAAAAACAUUUUAACGGUAGAAUCAGAAAACAGCGUAGUGUUGAAAUCCUUGCAGAUUUAGGCAAAGCAUUGAAGUAUGGUGUGGUGUUUUAUCAUUGUUCCAAUAUUCGGGUACAAGUCUAGUUUGAUAACCGCAUUCGUAGGUAUGUUAUGUAUCCCAUCAACGUAAAGAAUGUAAAUUCCUAAUGCACUCAAACACUGCUUUAAAUUGUAUUUAGAAAGCCUUAAUUUUUUUAAUUUAUUUUUUAGUUACCAUGUAUUACCAGAACACAAUUUGCACUUUAGUAAAAUUAACCCAAUAAAACCAUAAAUACUACAUAACUAUUUUUGUUUUGUAUCUAUUUUGUUUUCUCUCCCGUUUCUUACAGUUGGAUUAGUUAUUUGUGCUGGCAUUAUAUGCUAUCGUGAUCGUCGGAUUCUUAAUAGAAUAAGAAGCUUUUUCCCUCAAAGACCUUUCUACGUUGGACCCCUCAGAGCCCAACCUGACAGUUCUCGAACUCCCUUGAUGGGUGAGCAAAAUUUGCCAGGUUCAAUGUAUGUAAAGUACGACUCGGAGCCAGUGUAUGCUGGAUGGUAGCUUAGAAGGACCUAAUUUCGGUUCUGGAACUGGCGGCUUUUUUUUUUUCUUCUUCAAAGUUUUGUAAAUAUUUUUCUUUUUUGCAUUGUACAGUCUAAAGAUAUUUAAGAUUACAAUGUGAUUCAUAAAACAGAACUCUGUUAUACAUAGUGUACAG